CGUCGGCCGGUCGGGUGGUGGUGGCGACGGCGGCGCGGGCACUCCCGUGUUCCAAGCAGCAGCUGUUUGUAGUCGUCGUCCGCGUACAGCGCACGUCCGACCUGCACGCGAGCCGAACGUUUCCCGACGACGACGACGCCCGCUCAUUGAAAAUGGAAGUCGAUUACUCGUGGGGAACGUCAUCGAAUAACGUACCAGUUCAAAAGUUGGAGCAACACUUUCGCGAAAAUUUCGAAUCCCUUCAACCGGAAUACUACGUCAAAGUACCGGGCAGAGUGAACUUGAUCGGCGAACAUGUAGACUAUUGCGGUUAUUCCGUUUUCCCGAUGGCCAUCGAUCAGUGUAUCGUAGUGGCAGCGAAGAGGACAACCGACCGGCAAACCGUGGAGUUGACCAACCUGUGUACGGAGCGGUACGAAAACGUCUCGGAAAAUAUAUCGGACAUAAGCGCUGAGUCGUUGGGCAAGAGUCCGAGUUGGUCAAACUAUUUUAUGUGUGGCGUGAAGGGAGCCCGAGAGUACCUGAACGAUAGUCAGCUGAAAGCCGUCGAAAGAGUCGGUUUUCUAUUCGCGAUCACCGGUAACAUUCCCGAGAGUUCGGGAUUGAGCAGUUCAAGUGCACUGGUGACGGCCGCGGUGAUGGCCACCCUGGUCGGAUACGGAGUGCCGAUCAGUAGACUCGAGCUGGCAGAAAUCAGCGCCAAAUGUGAAAGAUACAUCGGCACGGCCGGCGGCGGUAUGGACCAAGCGAUAGCCGUGAACGCCAAACAAGGUUACGCGGCCCGCAUCGACUUCAAUCCGUUGGCGGUCAAACAAUUCCGGCUUCCCACCGACGCCAAGUUCGUUGUGGCUCAGAGUUUGGCCGUCAAGAACAAAGCGGCAUCAAACGACUUCAACACGAGGGUAGUGGAAUGCAGACUGGCUUCGCAGAUAAUCGCCAAACAAUUGAAUCUCGAAUGGGAGCAGAUGACCGUUCUGGCGACGCUCCAAAAGCGUUCGGGCAACUCGCUGGACCGAAUGAUCGAGUUGGUCCACCAGCACUUGCACGUCGACGGAUAUUCCAAGUCAGAGGUGUGUGAAAUCUUGGCGGUGUCCGAAGACCGACUCGACGAGCUCAGUUUGACGGCCAACACGACGAACGUCGCCGAAUUUUACUUGCACCAGAGAGCUCUGCACGUGUUCGAAGAGGCCAAGCGGAUGGAAGAGUUCUGCAGGCUGUGUGAAAACUCAGGAGCAGCGUCGGACCUCGGGAGACUGAUGGACGACAGUCAUUCGUCACUGAGAGACCUAUAUCAAUGCAGUCAUCCGGACUUGGAGGAGUUGGUGGCACUCUGCAAACGGGAAGGCGCGUACGGAUGCAAACUCACCGGUGCCGGUUGGGGAGGAUGCGUCGUGGUCAUGGUGCCGUCGAAUGGCGCCGAAGGAUUCGUGAAAUCCGUAAGAGAUCAGUACUUUUCGAAUAGAGAGACAUGUGGUAGACGUAUCGAUGAAUUGGUGUUCGCCACGAGUCCAUCUGAAGGUGCUUGCUGUGUUCAUGUCAAGACCACCUCCAUCAGUGACGGAAUCACCGACCAACUUCCAGCUCUGGUGCACUUAUGAAACAUACUCAAACAAUUUAUUCUGCAUAGUGCAUUUGGUCAAUAAUCAAAUCGUAUAUUUGUCCAAUAAAAUUGGGUAUUAUUAUCGUGGUAAAAAAAACAUAGAUUUCGACGGUUUACUAUGUAUUGUUUUAAUAAUUAUAUAUUAUAUGUAGGUAUAAGUAUAUGAAUAUUGUUACAAUGUUGUUGUUUAUGUUAUUUUAUAAUUAUCACUUCGGUCAAUCAGUGUUAAAAAUAUAAUUAAUUUAUUGAAAAUAAAUCAAAUAAAAAAAAUUGGAAUAGG